GUGGGUACCUUUGUCCAAUCAUUCAUUACGAUCACAUGAUAUUAGAUUUGCGUGAUGGAGGAUACUUCCAGGAACCUUUUAUCGAUACUCUAAUAAUGCAUAGGCAAAACCUUAAUAAAUAUCUGAACAAAGCAACCGUAAAUAAGAAUAGUGUUAUAUCCAUUAAAAAACAUAUAAAUUACGUGAAAGAAUUGGAUAAGCCUAUCAUAAAUGAGACUAGCAUUGAAUCUGUUGAACAUCUAGAUUACAUAACAGAGCCAGAUCCUUCUAUUGUGAUUAAAAGUAGUAUUGAAUCUAUAGGUUACAUGCCAAAAUUAGAUAAGCAUAAUGUUGAAUAUAUAGGUUAUGCACCAGCAUCAAAUAAACCUAUCGUAAUUAAGAGCAGUAUUGAAUCUAUAGAUAGCGUGCCAGAAUUGAAUGAGCCAGAAUUGAAUGAGUCAAAAUCAAAUAAGUUAGAAUCAAAUGAGCCAGAAUCAAAUGAACUUAUCAUUUCAAAUGAGACCAUUUCCAAUACUAUAGAAUCAGAAGCUAGAAAAGCUAAGACUCAAGUUAAUCGAAAACGAAGACUAGAAUGUCAUGAACUGGGGAGAAUGGAUCAGGAAAACACGACCACCGAAAUUUCAAUAUUAAUUCAUAGUGAUCGAACACAAGAUCCUGGUCGAUAUGGUCCUCCCACAGCCUCUGAAGUAGCUAUAAUUAUGAUUGAUGAUGGUCAUGAGAUGAAACCAUCCAGUCGAGACAUUCUUCUUAGGUUGUGCAGUGGAGGUCUACAAAAAAUAUUAGAAUUUUGUUCAUCAUAUGAUUCACUUCAUUAUGUAUUACUAUUUCCAAGAGGUGAUGAUGGUUGGCAUUUUGACAUACCUCUCAUAGGUGCUAAGAAAAGAGAUAAA